AAAGCUACGCCAACAAGAAGCUGGUCACCAAUUAAAUUCAAGUGAACAAAGAAGCAAUCAAAUCACAAAGUUCAAAUCUCCUGAGCUAACAAGAAAUGAAAAUGGUGUCCUACUUCUUCAAGAUUGCCAUAGUAGUACUGACCAUAUCACAACAAGCCACUGCAAACAAACAAGAUACUCUAUGGCAUGUGAGACCAGUCAGUGUUGUUAUCCAGCAUCAAGUGCUUGGACUCAGCUCAGAGACCAACUGUACGCCACUCGACACAGAGGCAGCGGCAGCUGUCAGCACAUCAAGCACAACUGCUGGGUAUGUCAGCUGUGACCAUCCCACCAGGAUCACCGACUCACACAAAAGCACACCAGUGUUCACACAAGACACUCACGACACAGUGUACACUUGGGGAAGCAAGGCUGAUCGUGUGCUCUUCACGUUCUCAUCAACAAAAACCAUCGAUUCGAUUGCACUACACUAUUUCUCCAACUCUGACAAUCAGGGGCUUCCCAAAAUAAGAUUGCUUGCCGUUCCUGAUGAUUUUGAAGUAAUGGAUACCAUCGAGAGGUCGUACCCACUAGGCAUUAUUGAUGAGGUCAGACCAGGAAGAGAGGAAUCUGGGCUGAAGAAUAAGAGCAGAGAUGUUGGCUUUGAGACCAGCAAGAUUCUAAUGAUCAAAGAUCGAAGCAAAAACUACCAUUUCUCCCUCAGUGAAAUAGAGUUCUUCACCAGUGAUAUAGAUUCUAUGGACGUAAUCACCACUACAGCCACUACAGCCGCUCCCACUACCAUGGCAACUGUUGCUACUACAACUGAUUUAACGGAGUCUACGACAACCGACGUUUCCAUAGAAACCACACUGGGUGUGCAGAGUUCGGAAGCUCUCUCUGGAGAUCUCAAAACAGUCAGUCACCAAACUGUCCUCUGUGUAAUGACCGCUGCUCUACUGGCAGCACUCGCCAUGCUUGCAUAGCCUAUAGCCUAGCCCACCCAUCAAAACUCAUUAUUUUAUCCAUUGCACACAGCACAUGCAGAAUCAUUAUCAUUC